UCCGCCAGAGAUUGAAGUGUGUGGCGCAAAAAUCAGUUGUUCACUGAUCUAGAUCCUACGUGUGUGCCAAAAGUUCAGUUUGAAGAGGUGACGUGCUCUGGGCAAUAUUAUUAGUGGUCAUGGGUAAAUUACAGUUCGAGAGUUCUUCGCCACAAGCAGAUCUUCAGUCCUACUUUACUCGUAGACUCUCGCCGCUAUGUGAGGAUUCAUCUGUAAUAGAACAACUCUAUUCUGAACAGCUGAAAAGUCUCGAAGAUAUUAUCUCGCGGUGUGUACUAAAUUUUGAAAGUAAUUCUGUCUUGGUGAUGGGCCCUCGAGGAUCUGGAAAAAGCAUUCUUAUGAAAACUGCCCUGGAACGGCUCAGCAAGAAAAAUAAUGCCAAAGGCAACUAUUCGGUGGUGAAACUCUUUGGUAGCGGUCACACCGACGACCGGAUCGCCCUAAAGGAUAUUACGCUUCAACUGCAACUGGAAAACGUCGUUGGAGAUCGAGUGUUUGGGUCGUUUGCGGAAAACCUUCAGUUCCUUCUCGACUCGCUUAAAAGUGGCGCUGAUCGAUCCAAAGCCAAAUCGUCAAUAUUCAUUCUUGACGAUUUCGAGCUCUUUACCCAGCACAGAAAUCAGACGCUUCUCUAUAACCUGUUCGACGUGGCUCAAAGCCGGCAGGCACCAAUAGCUGUGAUUGGGUUAUGCUGCCGUUUAGAUGUAGUUGAACUUCUAGAGAAACGAGUUAAGUCCCGCUUCGCACAUCGUUUUCUAUAUCUAAUGAACUCUAUCAAGGAAGAAGAGUAUAUAUCGGUGGCUGAAACGUUACUCACAAUUGAUCCCACUAUAUAUCCGGGGGGAGUUGAAAGUAAGAAAUUUGCUAGUAAAUGGAAUCAAGAUUUGAAGCGUGAUGUGAUGCCCAAGCUGAGAGAUAGCCUGAUAAAGCUUUACCACAUCGAUCGGAUCCUUCGUACGCUUGUCAACUGUCUACAACCGAUGGUUCGGCAAAUCGAUGACACCUUGCAAGUUCAACCAACUGUAUUUCGUGACACGGUUAACCGAAUAUACGAAGAUGAUCCAAAACUUGUCGUCAUCUCGCGUAUGCCCGCCCUCCAUAUUAUCCUUCUUGUCUGCAUGCUCCGGCUAAAUGUCAUCUACGAUGGAGAACCUUUUAACUUUGAGCUUUUGUACAAAGAGUUCAAACGCUUUAAUCGAGAGACCCGAUCAUUACUGAAUCUACCGAAAGACACGGUCUUGAAGGCGUUUGAAAGCAUAUGUGAGCUUGAGUUCGUCCAGCCAGUGGGCGGAAUUGCAAUGGCGUCCCAGAAACGUUAUCAUCUCCAUCAUUUGCACUUUAACGCCGAUUUAGUACGUAAGGCAGUUGAGUCUCAUAGUGGGCUGCCAACUGAUGUCUCCCAGUGGGUUACAACAACGCUUUCCGACAGGUCCCUCGGAAUUUAAAUGGGUUAUAGAAUUCGCGGAACUAAUCUGAGUGAAACAUGAAUAUGGCGAUAGUAAUUUAGGAAAGAAUAAGGUACCAUUGUAUUUCGAUAGGUAGGAAUUCUUUCGUAGGGGCUCAAAAUGCUUAGAAGAAUCGUUCGAAUUCCUGUACGUUUCUAUCCAUAAAUGAAAAGAAAACGACAAUGAAAGCGAUUCUUAUUUAAAGGUCCUUCAAGAGAAGGUGGUGGCAGUAACUGAUUAAAUGCAUACCGCGUCGGUUCAUACCACUAGCAUGAAGUUUAAUAUUGUUGAACCAAGUGGCUCAGCUAUUUCUAUGACAUUCGAUACAGCCGAUAACAAAAUCGCACCUUUAUAAAUAGUCCUGAGUCGUCCCAUUGUGUAUACACUAUAUAACAUAAUCAUUUCUUCCUGUCAAUUUCUUGUCAAUGACGAAAAAACGGACUUCUUACAUCGUUGUUACAAACGUUUGUUAAUGCAGUACCUUUUGAUCUGAAUCAAAUUUCUUGAAGCUCAACUGAACACUAAAACUGCUUACGUGUUGCUUUCACGACCAGACGUUGUCUGUUUUAUCUAUUUUUCUUCAGUAUUACAGACAUACUGUGCAAACGGGACUCCUAUCGGUGAAACAAACAAGCUGUAGUUGCACCUUUAGGCAUACUGUUGCGCAAUAUACAUUAGUAGUACAGGUCCAAAACGGAGCAAUAAGGUCCGCACAUUUCCGUACAUAAGUAGAAUAGGAUUGUGUAAAGAGAUACUUUGAAAGGCACUGUUGAAUACAAUAUUCGGUAUCUUAUGGAACAACUGGUCUUCUUCCUCAUUUUUUGUUUACUCAACUUCCUCACGGAAAUGGGAAAAUUGCCUGAGAUAUCAUAUCUACUAGUUGAGCAAACGUUAUAAGCGCUAAAAUGUGUUAUGAUUCUUUGUUGACUAUGAGCACCGAAAAUUAGUUAAUCGCGGGGUAUUUAUUAUUAAAUAUUUAAUAGCAGUUCACGCAAUUUUCAUGUAUUAAUAAUGAACUGAAUACUUCGUAAAAAAAUCUUAAUUCAUAUAAAUACACUGUGAAUUUUUAUAAACUAUAUAUUGUAUUACGGAAAUAAACUGCAACUAUAUGAGCACACUUUUGUAUGUAAUAUAUUGGUUGGGAAGCGUGCUCUGUACGCUCAUUAGGGAUGUGUCGUUAUAUCAACAUACUCAUUCACUAAGACUUUUCUACGGUGCGGCAUCUCUCCCUUAGUCUCCUGAUACAAUCUUAAUUUUCACCACUACUUUGUGCGGUUUUUCAUUUUCAACCGGAUAUAAUUCCCUUAAAAUGACUACACAAUACAAGCAAAGGUCACCGUAACAUCUUCACACAAAGUGAAUUCUAAAUGCUUGCCUCAUGCUCUUGUCCUGUUACU